UUAGUAGUAAUAAUAGCUCCAAGGGGACAACUCCUGAAAAGAUGCCUGGAGGGUUUGGAAAUGGAGGAGACGCGGCGGAGGAAGUGGUGAAGAAUCGAUUUCUAGGGUUUCUCCUAUGGCAAUCAGUUCAAUCAACAGUCCUAUACUUCCUCUGCAAAUCUCUCCUCCUCUCGCCCUUCGUUUCCAACCCCUUCACCCCCUCCAUCCUCGGCUGCUUCGCCUUCUUCACCUUUCACCUCUCUCUCCUCCUCUUCUCCGCCUCUCUCUUUGCGGUGGCCUCGCCGCAGCCCCACACCCCGGCUUCCCCCUUGGAGCUCGUCCUCGGCCUCGUCCGAGCCGUCUUCGUCUCCGGCGGCCCGCCGCCUCCCCCUGAGUUCCGUCGCCGGGCCAGGAUUUCCCUCACUUUUUUCCUCUUCGUCGCCUCGUCUGCUCUCUCGGGCUUCUUGUCUCUGAUUUCUGCGUGCUGGAACAACUUUGGCGACUCUGUUGGUCAGAAAUACUACUGGCGGUUACUGGGAACGCUAGGGUUUAGAGGCCUUGCCGUUGGGUUCUUUUACGGUCUUUGUUAUCUCUACAAGAAGAGAUGGGUUUUACAGUUUCCUAUUAUUCAGCGGCCUCCUUUCUUCAGCUUCAAGAUGGGGCUCCCUUCAGCUUCCCUACAGGCUUUAAAGCUUUCUACUGCAGCUUACCUCUUCUCAGCAUUGUUGUCAUUGUUACUCCCUUAUGAGUUCAAGGGUCAGGUCACAAUGGGGAAAGUACUUGCGGAGCAUAUCAUCUUUUACAUGGCAGUUUUUGUGAUUUUUCUCUGUUGGGAACUAAACCAUCAUUUACAUCAGGUGCUACAUACGAAAAGGUUCAUAUUUGCUCCCGCAAAAGGAUCAGCCGCAGCAGAAACAAAUCCAAGUGAACCUCUUCUUGCAGCAUUAGAGGAGAGCAUACCCAGAUCUCUUAUGCAAUAUCUUGCAUAUCUGGAUCUAUGCAUGGUUUGUGAGAGUGAUGUUGAUGCCUGGCGCCGGGCUGCCUUCUUUGAAGAAACUGGUGAGACUUACAAACGAGUUAUAGCUAUAUGCUUGAGGCCUCUGGAGCAGUUUGCUUCCAAGCUUGGAGAAGGUUUAGAAAGUAGUUCAAGUGGCAAGUCAUUCCAACUAGACCACCAAUUGCGAUUGCCAACAGACUCGCAACUAAGUUCAAGGCUUCAUGAACUGUUUAAUGAUUUCCAGCUAUGUGUAUGGUGUGCCCGGAUCGUUGCCUCUCUAACUAUACAUUCGCACAAGGAGGACCGAUUUGGAGUUGCUCAACUCUCUGGUAGCAAUUCUGCUGUCAUCUCAACACUCCUGUCUUGCUUGCUUGCUGUUGAAACAUUCAUGGGUAAGAAGAACAGUUUGCAGUCCUCGCUGGGCUCUGCUGGUAUUAAGUGGGCCACAGCGAGCACAGGAAGGAGAGACGCAGCUGUUCUAGGCCUAGCAGCGGGGAAAAGAAGAGGUAGCCCUCUCUACUCUAAAGCAUAUUGCAUGGCUGACGUUCUAAGGACUUCAAUAUAUUACAUCGUGUCUGGGUUUCACGAUGAGAUGCUGACUAGUGCCAAAGCAGGGCUUCUUGACAAGGAAUGGAUAACUAGUUGCAAGCCUGUUUAUGGGACCCGUGAGCUCCUCUUGCACAAGUUACGCCUUUUCCUUGAUUUCCAAGCCAACUAAUGCAUUUUUUUUUACCUAGGCUUUUCUCUGUUUUAGUUUGCAUCUCAUAUUUUGAUGAGGUGUUUUUUGUUUUGGGGAAAUCCAGAAUUUUGUUGCGGAAGUUACCUUUUAGUUUUUCCUUCUGGUGCUGCAGGUUGUGCAAUUAAUUUCCCCAUUUUUGUUUGGAAUAUAAUCAAAACUAAGAGUCUCUAAUAUCACACUGAAUUCUCGUGACAAAA